CUCGAAAGCCCCGCCAAAGAGACAUGAUAGCGCCUUGCAGCGUACUCCAGCGGGAACACAAAAAGAGUUCCUAUAAAAGGCUGCAGCCUAAGAACGAAGUUCUCCUCAGACGCUUGAUCAUCCUCCCAUGGCGGCCUUCACCUACACCUCUCCAAGUCGGUUGUGUGAUUUAGGGUUUUUGAAGGGACCUCCUGCAAAUUUUCAUGAUAACAUAGGGUUUUCUACUCCAUCUAGAACAGGUAUUCCUACUCGGUACAACCUAGGGCUUUAUUUUCCAUUAAUCAGAAGCUUUGCUGCACACUGUUGUGAUCUAGGGUUUUCAAAUCCUACAAAUGGAGGAAUUAAGAGAACUACGAGAUUUGUUUGUGCGCUCUCUCAGAAUGGAUCGCUUCCCUGCCGUAAUCCAUCUCAGAUUGGGUCUGGUUCAGUAGGGGACAUUCAUAGAUGCAGAAGCAGCCUAGAAUCUCUGUUCUGUUAUGACAAGCCUAUCCCAGAGGAAAUUAUUGAGAAACCAGUGGGUUUGUCUCUUGGCGAAAAAAGUAUUGGGAACAACCCCCGUUGUGUCAAUUGCGAAGCAAAAGGUGUGAUAUUGUGCACCACUUGCACUGGUUCUGGUUUGUAUGUUGACUCUAUCUUGGAGAGCCAGGGAAUAAUUGUGAAAGUCAGGUGCCUAGGUUGCGGGGGCACUGGGAACAUGAUGUGUUCAGAUUGUGGAGGGAGGGGACAUCUCUAGUUCUGAGCUAUUAUGAACCAUGAAUCAUACUUGGGCUUGGUGAUUUGAAAUUGAGUUAGCAACGCUACAUCUCAGGUUUAAUUCCUACCACUGAACUACUCAAACAAGGUCCCCUGCACUCAAAGCUUCAAGCACCCUUCGAGGGAGCGGGCACUGUCAUUUAUUUACGGUUACUAUACUCAUAAUCAUUCUGAUCAAAGCUAUAAAUAUCACUUUAGAGAGAGAUGUAAGGCUCUCUGUCUUUUUUUGGGAUAAUAUUUGACGAGGUUCUAUGAGGCUCUCGUUAUUGUUUUCCUUGUACUCGGCCUUAGUUCGAGUUUAUUAAUUCUUAUUGCUGUUGCGUGUGAAGAUCUGAGUCAGAAAGAAAAGUGAAUUUCGA